AUGUCGAAGCCCGAGGGGAUUCCCGAAGGCCAUAGCGUGGUCAAGAGGUUGCGCAAUGAGCUUGUACAGCUGAUGAUGUCGCCUACGCCCGGGCUUAGUGCUUUCCCAACCUCCGAAGAAGAUCUUACGAGAUGGUCGGGUGUAAUUGUGGGCCACGAGGGGACUCCUUACGAGGGAUUGAAGUUCCGGAUCUCGCUGCAUUUUUCUGAGAGGUACCCCUAUGAGCCGCCGCGGGUGACGUUUGUGAGUCCGAUGUGGCAUCCGAACGUGGACAUGAGCGGCAACAUCUGUCUUGAUAUACUGAAGGACCAGUGGUCUGCUGUCUACAACGUGCAGACCAUCCUGCUAUCGCUGCAGGCGCUUCUGGAGGAGCCAAACAACGGCUCGCCGUUGAAUGCAGUGGCCGCAGAGCUCUGGGAACGAGACAUGGACGAGUACAAGAAGAGGCUGAUGGCCAGAUACGAAGAGAUCGAGGAAUGA